AAAUAAAAUACAAAUUUGGUGUGCAACUCUGAAGAUUGCGCAUGCGCAAUCUCAAUUCAAAGUGCUAAUUUCCGGUGUUCUCUUCUUCCUUUCCAAACAUUCACGAUGGUGAACGUACCGAAACAGAGACGCACCUUCUGCAAGAAAUGCAAAGUGCACAAACCACACAAAGUUACUCAGUACAAAAAGAGUAAGGAAAGGCAUGCUUCCCAGGGCAGAAGACGUUACGACCGUAAACAACAAGGUUUCGGAGGUCAGACGAAGCCCAUCUUCAGGAAGAAGGCUAAGACUACCAAGAAAAUCGUAUUGAGGAUGGAAUGCACCGAGUGCAAGUACAGGAAACAGAUUCCUCUGAAGCGUUGCAAGCAUUUCGAGCUUGGAGGUGACAAGAAGAGAAAGGGCCAGAUGAUCCAGUUCUAAACUGCUUUUCGUCUUUAUUUCUCUUAAUGUAAUUUAAAAAUAAAAAAAUCGUUUGAUUUAAAAAA